AUGUUUUGGUUUGAUGUAUGGACAGAUCUAGGCCCCCUGAUAGAGUAUAUUGGUGAUGGAGACCCUCGACAGUUGAGGAUCCCUCGUGGGGCCAAGGUAGCAUAUGCAGUUUCCGACAUGGGGUGGUCUCUCCCGGCAGCAAGAUCGCAGCGAGUGUUGGAUCUCCACAUCAAGUUGUCCUCGUUACGGCUACCCAUAGCGGCACAUGGCCCAGAUAGAUUUGAGUGGAUGAGGGAUCCCAAUAUCUCUGUCGGUAUCUUCUCCUCUGCAAAUACAUGGAAACUCCUUCGUCAGCCGUCACCUGAGGUGCCUUGGCACCCCCUGUCUUGGUUCUCUGAGGGGGUACCCCGAUAUGGCUUCAUCCAAUGGUUAGCUCUACGUGGUCGCCUACCGACACGAGAUAAAUUGUAUCGUUGGGGGGCAGUGGCGUCCUCUACAUGCCUACUUUGCAGCUUGGAAGAAGAAUCUCACUCCCACCUCUUCUUCCGGUGCAACUACAGUACGCAUGUAUGGCACAGAUUCGCCAGGUACAUUUGGAACUUGGCGCCACUAGACUUGCAUGCCACUGAGGCCUGGAUUCGUAACCCGGGUAAUGAUCAGUCACGUAACCGCUGCCUUAUUGCUUUAAUCUUGCUCCAAUGCUCGGUCUACUUGCUAUGGUCAGAAAGGAACACGAGGAUCUUCCGAGGUGUGACAUCUACGAUAGAUUCCCUAUGCGGCAAGCUGAACGCCAUGGUCCGAAACUGCAUACUUUCACUUCUCGGCUCUAGCCGAAGGAUCGAUCCUGCUCUUCUAGCUGAUUGGUACACCAUUGUUCUCUCCCGCUGA